AUGACCGAGUUGGGGCAAGCAACAGGAGAAAGAAGUCGCCAAGAAGAAGAUGCUAUUACUGCUACUACUACUGACAGGUUAAGCCAUCUUCCGGACUCCAUCAUUCAUCAAAUCCUUUCGUUGCUCGACGACAACAAGUCCGCCGUUCAGACGUGCGUACUGUCCCCACUCUGGCGAUCCGCCUGGAAACAUGUCCCCGUCCUCACUUUCGAUGGACAAUCCUUCCACAAAUACUCAAGCUUUUGCUGGUUCGUCUACAGAGUCCUGUCUCUUCGCAAUCCCGUUGUUGAUGCCCUCAAGAUCAGCUACGCCGACGAGGAGUGUUACGAGCGGAGAAACCGUAAAUUGCUGGCUAGGGUUAUUCAAUACGCGGCUUCCCAUGGUACUCAACACCUCGCGAUUGACGUGUAUAAGGUACCGAUCGCUUUUCCGGACGAGAGUUUCAGGUUCUCCCAGUUCUUUGCCCCGAUUUUGAAUUCGAAUUUCAAAACCCUAGAAUUUGAAGGUUACGUUGUCCUGGACAGUGGGAUGGGAAUUUGA